CCACUUCAAUUCUUCUAUUCAGAAAUCGGCCCCCUUUCAUUCUUCGCUGUUCGCCUCAGUCGCCCGUCACAAAGCGAAGAAUUUUCCCAUACUACUCUCCUUUUUGUAUCUCUAAUUUCAGAAUUCAUCACACUAUGUCGCAGGUUGAUAGCAGAAAUUCUUCAGCAGCUAAACGUGCCCGUACUGAUGGUGGUCGCAGAGAGGAUGACUGGACCUGCCCUAGUUGUGGCAAUGUCAAUUUCUCAUUUAGGACAACCUGUAAUAUGCGUAAUUGUACUCAGCCUAGACCAGCUGAUCACAACCCUAAAUCUGCUGCCAAGCCAAUGCAAGCACCUCAGGGCUACUCAUCGGCAGCACCCUAUCUAGGAUCUGGUGCACCCUCCUCAAUAUAUAUGGGCGUACCACCGUAUGGUUCCUCUCUUUUUAAUGGAACAUCUAUUCCACCAUACGAUGUUCCAUUUUCUGGGGGCUCUGCUUAUCCCUACAACUAUGGUAACCGUAUCUCUGGAGGCAAUCCAUAUAGGCCGCUGCAUUUUUCUGGUCCAGCUCCUUAUUCAAGUGGAUCAUUGAUGGGAAAUGGUGGGAUGUACGGCAUGACUCCCUUAAUGGAUCGAUAUGGCUUUGGCUUGUCUAUGGGCUCUGCCAUGGGUCCAAGACCUGGAUUUUUCCCCGAAGAUAACUCUCAAAAGAAAGGUGGAGAUGGAACGCGUGAUAAUGACUGGGCAUGUCCCAAAUGUGGAAAUGUCAAUUUUUCAUUCAGAACAGUUUGCAACAUGAGAAAGUGCAAUACUCCUAAGCCUGGGUCCCAGCAGGUUGCCAGAUUGGGCAGGAAUACAAAACCAGACAUGCCAGAAGGGAGCUGGAAGUGUGAGGAAUGCGGCAAUUUAAACUACCCUUUCAGAACUAAGUGUAACAGACAGAACUGUGGUGCAGAAAAACCUUCUGAGAUAAAUAACACUUCUCCAGAAGCAGCUGAUGCAAAUGAUCAGGUCAGUUGUGAGAUAUGUGAACUCGGUAUGAGCCUCUGUUACUUGAAAUUGUACAUGUCCUUUUUUCUUCUGUGUAGGUGCAAUAAAUUCAGUAAGUGUUUGACUUGGCAUUUUGUAUGUAAGGAGUUACUUUUAAUGGAAACUGUUACUGUUGAUACUAUUCGUUUUCCUUUCUCCUUUAUCAAUAGAUCUUGCAGUGUUUACCUGUUCACUUUCUACUUUUAUUUUUAGCGUUGUGCAUUUAUUAAUCACAAUUGUCUAAUGUUCCAGUGAGUACUAGGCAUGUCUGAGAAGGUCCAGAGUUGUCGUCCAGCAUUGCUCAGUCGGGUGUCUGAAAGUCAGUUGUGUCAUCUUCCUGUCGCAGCAAUUGUCGAGUUACUCUGCCUUCUUAGUUCUAACAAUUCCUGUCCGUUGUUGUAUUAACUCUAAUUUUAUAUUAUCCUGUCAUUAUAAAGUUGCACCUUUGUGUCCGCCAGCUUGUUCUGGCUAGAUUUUUAGAUUGAUUAUGGUUGCUGUUAUCUAGGAUUCUAUACUUGGGUAUCUCGUCAAUUUUAGACUUGUUAACAUACACAUGCAUUUCGAGCUAUAUUCUUUUGGUCAUCGAUUUCGUUUUAUUGUCUGUGCUUUUCUUGGAGAGCCUCUGUUCUAGAAUAGUGGAACUGAUCUUUGAAGUCUAAGAUCUAAAGCAGGCUUGUCAGUCAGGGUGAAAUGGUUCGUUUAUAAAAUGAUAGCCCUUAGAAAAAGCUUGGCCAACUCCUAAAAUUAGGAUAUUAGGCAGCCUGUUGAGUUGUCUCGUGUCUCGUGUCUCUGAUCCAAGGUGAGAUGGCUUCAAUGUUAUUUGAGAUCAUCUUUGAAAUUAUGCGGCUUGGGAUGGCCUUGGUGCUCCUGGGCUGAUAUGAAUAUUGCGGAGUGGAGAUCUGGUUCGAACUUGGUAAAUAUUGUAGGUGUGCCUGUGGCCCGGAGGGAAAUUGCAGACCUGCAUUUGGACUCGGUAAAGCUUGCUGUGAUACUGGACGAAAGUCUCGUCCCCUCGAAACGUGGGAAGGUAAACAGAAGUGCACGUCACGACGUUGAACGUGAGAAUCCAGCAUGAUAAAGGCUUAUUAAGUAAUAUAGAAAUACCAAAUGCCGAAUAAUUACCGUAGUCGGGUAAGAUUUGUACUAGGCUUUCCUAUUUAUAACUUCUUAUGUACUAACUUGAACUUGGUCCAAAUUCACACUAUUGACAGAAUUUCUUUGAGAUAGAACGCAAGAAAUCCAAUUCUUCCGAAA